UUGUUUUCUCCCAUCAAUUUAGCCACCCAUUCCUCCCCGCCAUUUCUUCCUCCCCAAAUCAGGACUUCCUUUGGAACUUCUAUGGCCUCCUUUGACCCAAUUUCCGCGUGUCUUACCGUUUUCUCGACCUCCAUUCCUGUUUGGAAGCUGCUUCUUCGACAACCCCAAUUGCAAUUUCAGAUACCCUUCAACUUAAUUCUCUGUUUUUUCCCUUUGCCCCACAGGUGAACGACUGUGAAUUCUGUUCUUAUUGCUGCGUAAUCGCCAGUUUUAUCGUUGUAAUCCGACUAUGCAUUUUACUCAGAAUCCCCUCUUGGGUUUUCGUUGCUGAUUGCGAUGGAAAACUAGAGGGUGUGUGGGAUAUGUUCCCAUGGUUUUGAAUCCUCAUUACUUUAGCUAUUUAUGCGAAUUUAUCUUGGGAAACUUCAAGCUAUAGGAAAUGCGUGUAAAAAGGAUAACCGGAUGCUGUCUAUCUCAUAUGUUGUUGAUUCUAGUCAUUGUUCUAAGUCUAUUUCCGACCAUUCUUUGCGCGGAUGAAGAUGAGUACCAUCAGACCGGUGAUCCGGCCUUGCUUCCUUCUAUCACACAGAAAGUUAAUGGUAUUCUCACAAAUAUGACACGCAUUAUGAGCAAUGACAUUGGGACGAAUUGGGCGUUCUGUGUAAAGGAUUUGAACUCCGAUUGGAAUGGGGCAUUCAAUUAUCAGAGCAACACGCGGUUCUUGACUUCGUGUAUUAAGAAGACAAAUGGAGAUCUUACCCAACGACUAUGUAAUGCAGCUGAGCUUAGAUUAUUCUUCAAGAGUUUCACUACGAGGGGGCCAGAUUUAGGGACUGUGUACACUUACAUAAAACCUAACUCGAACUGCAAUUUAACUUCAUGGGUUUCUGGAUGUGAACCAGGUUGGAGUUGCAGUCUUGGCGAAAAUAAGAAGGUUGACCUCAAAGCUACUAAUCUUCCUUCUAGAACUGAAGACUGUCAACCUUGUUGUGAGGGUUUCUUUUGUCCCCAGGGGCUUACAUGCAUGAUACCUUGCCCAUUAGGAUCUUAUUGUCCUGUUGCGAAGCUGAAUAAGACAACUGGAAUAUGUGACCCAUAUAGUUACCAAAUGCCUCCUGGAAAACCUAAUCAUACCUGCGGAGGAGCAGAUUUAUGGGCUGAUGUUGGAAGCAGCAGUGAAAUUUUUUGUUCGCCAGGAUCAUACUGCCCUACUACCACUAGCAGAGUUUCUUGCAGUAGUGGGCAUUACUGCAGGAUGGGUUCUACUUUUCAACAACCAUGCUUCAAGUUGGCAACCUGCAAUCCAAACACUGCCAACCAAAAUAUACAUGCCUAUGGGAUUAUUCUCAUUGUUGCACUAAGUACUGUGCUGCUGAUCAUUUAUAAUUGUUCUGAUCAAGUUCUUACUACACGGGAAAGAAGGCUGGCUAAACGAAGAGAAGCUGCUGCAAGACAUGCUCGAGAAACAGCACAAGCUCGUGAAAGGUGGAAAUCUGCAAAAGAUAUUGCCAAGAAGCAUGCCACAGGAUUGCAAGAACAAUUGUCACGGACGUUUUCUCGUAAAAAAUCAUCGAAACAGUCCGAUCAGUCGAAAGGUUUGGGUCAAUUACCACCUGUGCAUCCCGGCUCUUCAGGUGCACCAGAGCAACAGUCUGGUUCUUCAAAAGGAAAGAAAAAGGACAAUAACCUUACAAAAAUGAUGCAGUCCAUUGACAACAAUCCAAAUAGCCAUGAAGGAUUUAACUUGCAGAUUGGAGAUAAAAAUAUCAAAAAGCAUGCACCAAAAGCCAAACAAAUGCAUACCCACAGUCAAAUUUUUAAGUAUGCUUAUGGUCAGCUAGAGAAAGAGAAAGCAAUGCAACAGCAAAACAAAAACUUGACUUUCUCAGGAGUGAUUUCAAUGGCCACUGAUACUGAAAUUAAGACUAGGCCUGUGAUUGAAGUAGCUUUCAAAGAUCUUUGUCUGACAUUGAAGGGGAAACACAAGUAUCUAAUGAGGUGUGUCACAGGGAAGAUUAUGCCAGGUCGGGUUACGGCAGUCAUGGGUCCAUCAGGGGCAGGGAAAACAACAUUUCUUUCAGCUUUGGCAGGAAAGGCAACUGGUUGCACCAUGACUGGUUUAAUUCUUAUCAAUGGAAAAUCUGAGUCCAUCUAUUCAUAUAAAAAAAUUAUUGGUUUUGUACCACAAGAUGAUAUAGUGCAUGGAAAUUUGACAGUUGAGGAGAAUCUCCGAUUUAGUGCUAGGUGCAGACUGUCUGCUGACAUGCCAAAACCUGAUAAAGUUCUUGUGGUGGAAAGAGUCAUUGAGUCCUUGGGACUGCAAGCAGUGAGAGAUUCACUUGUUGGAACUGUGGAGAAAAGAGGAAUCUCUGGAGGUCAAAGGAAACGAGUUAAUGUUGGGAUUGAAAUGGUCAUGGAACCUUCCUUAUUGAUCCUGGAUGAGCCCACCUCUGGUCUCGACAGUGCCUCUUCUCAAUUACUUCUUCGGUCACUUCGGCGGGAAGCCCUUGAAGGUGUGAACAUCUGUAUGGUAGUUCACCAACCUAGCUAUUCGUUGUUUAAGAUGUUUGACGAUUUGAUACUUCUCGCCAAGGGUGGGCUUACUGCAUAUCAUGGAUCUGUUAAGAAAGUUGAAGAGUACUUCGCUGGUAUAGGGAUCACGGUGCCAGAUCGUGUUAAUCCUCCUGACCAUUUCAUUGACAUUCUUGAGGGUCUGGAGAAGCCAACGGGUGUGACUCGUGAACAACUUCCCGUCCGUUGGAUGCUUCAUAAUGGGUAUCCAGUACCUCCUGACAUGCUGAAAUUGUGUGACUUUGAUGCGUCUGCGAGCGGCUCAACACAUGGAGGAAAUCCUAGUGAUGAAGCAGGAGACUCAUGGCAGGACGUGAAGCUCAAUGUUGAAAUGCAGCACGAUCAUUUAGAACAGAACUUCUUAAGUUCUAAGGAUCUAUCUAACCGAAGAACUCCUGGGAUAGCACGACAGUUUAGGUAUUUCUUGGGAAGGGUGAGCAAGCAGCGACUGCGAGAAGCUAGACUACAAUUAGCUGAUUACUUGAUGUUAUUACUUGCUGGAGCCUGCUUAGGAACUCUUACUAAAGUGAACGAUGAAACAUUUGGUUCCCUUGGCUAUACAUUCACCGUCAUUGCUAUUUCCCUCCUAUGCAAGAUUUCAGCACUGAGAUCAUUUUCCCUUGACAAGUUACAGUAUUGGAGAGAGAGUGCAUCAGGGAUUAGCAGUCUGGCGCAUUUUCUUGCAAAAGACACACUUGACCUUUUCAAUACAAUCGUCAAGCCGCUGGUUUAUCUGUCUAUGUUUUAUUUCUUCAAUAACCCAAGAUCAUCUUUUACAGAUAACUAUGUUGUUUUAGUUUGUCUAGUGUACUGUGUGACUGGCAUGGCCUAUGCACUUGCCAUCUACUUUCAACCUGCUCCUGCUCAAUUGUGGUCAGUGCUUCUUCCUGUAGUUAUGACCCUCAUUGCAAAUCAAGAUAAAAAUAGUCCAGUAGUCAAAUAUUUAGGAAGCCUUUGCUACCCUAAGUGGGCACUCGAAGGUUUUGUCCUCGCAAAUGCAGAAAGGUAUUCUGGUGUAUGGCUGAUAACUCGGUGUACUUCACUGAUGGAAAAUGGCUAUGAUCUUCAUGACUGGCAACUUUGUUUAGAGAUGCUCAUUUUGUUUGGCAUAAUCAGCCGUGUAGUUGCUUACUUUCUGAUGGUCACCUUCCGAAAGAAGUGAGUUUAGCUAGUUCUUUCAUUGCUUAGUUUCCUUUGUAAAUGUAUUGCCCCUGCCAUGGCAUGGCGUCCAUGAAUUUCUUAGCUGUAGGAACUGAAGGCCAAAAGUAUAAGUAGAUUUGUACAGGUUAGAUUCAAAUGAUCUUGAACAUAGCUUUUACUGGGCUGACUUCUUGUAGCUUAAUGUCCAUUCCUUGAUACAGCACCCAACUGUGACAUGAAAUAUACAGAAUUAUUACCUUGUUUGGACAGUGUAA